GUUGUGGGUGUGCCGUCUCAAGACUGACAGACUCAGAGAUAAAACUGUAGCACCCACCUUCAAGGUCAUUUAAGUUCAUCCACAAGCAUGAUUAUUCUCAUCAUUUUGCAGCGGAUGUCGUUAAAAGACACGCCUUAACGUCCAAUCAAAACCUUGACGGCGCCUCGGCGCGGUCCCCUUGGCGACCACCCUGAGGAGGCCGCACGUCACACUUUGAUCGCCAUGUAUCUGGGCCACACUCUCAGGCUUAUGGUGCUGCAUUCGAUAUGCAUUUUUUUUUUUUUCAGGGUUUUUUUUUUUCCCUUCAUCGGGUGUGGUUGUAAUGGUGAGCUUCACGUCUCCGUCGCUCUGUGCCUGUCGUCGCUGAUGACUUCACACGCACCGGCAAGGGGAAAAGCCGGAGUGAUGUCAUCUCACUCCUGUCACUGCUUAAAGGGAGUGUAAACAUCUGAAAAGCAGAAAUUGAGGCUCCAUCUCUGAAGACUCCAAGCCUCGAGCGAUAAAAUGGGUGGAGGGGCUUAUAAAUUCUUUACAGAGAAGCAGAGCAACCCCCACGCGCCACCUCCCUCUCCUCACUGUGUAAAUCUUUUUUAAUGGGAGGCUCUUUAUCUUGCGUUGAGGAUGAGACACGAUCAGGAUGACCAUGAUUUCAUCCCUGCCCUCCGCCCCGCCAUUUUGUUUUCCAGCGAGGAAUCUUCCGCGAUACGUCUUCGGCGCCCUCCCUUUUUUGGAAGGCUGCUAUUGAUCGGCGUCUGGACAUCAUCAGGCUUCUCGGUGAACCGGAGGAAAACUUACUGCGAUGAACGGAGAGGAAAUGCGAGAGCGGGAGAUGGCAAACGAUUGCAGUAACAUGAGAGGUUGCUUCAAUUGGUGUAGCUGUUGUUCUCGAACUUUUUACCGAGUAUCGAAGUACCACCGAUAAAAAAAAAAAAAAUACUGAGCUCUGUCCAUUGUGAACAACUUAGCAUAUAAGACCCCCUAGAGAGUAGGUGGAAAUAAAUGCAAUCAGUCACUCAAAAACGCAAAUGAGACGAUUGGCCCUGACACAAAUACUAACACGCUGGAUUGGAUAAACCCACAUACCGGGAUACAGUGCUUUGAUUGGCCACAUUUUUGGUACUGUACAUUUUUCUUUUAGUCCACAACAUGCCGCGAUUGUCAGGGAGGAAGUGGAAUGCCCCGGCCACUGUGGGUGUCUAUAUUUUAGUAAUACAUCAGGAGGAAAUUCGUCAAUACAUUUGCGCAACAGAGACUCUCCACACUUUGAUUUUUCUGCCAAAGGUGUAUGUAAAAUGAUGUAAUAUUCUAAAAAUCAAUGUACUUUACAUAUACAUAUUAUAUUUUGUAUCCGAAAAGGCACUUAUUUUUGUUGUGAAGGUUUGCCUGCAUUUUGGUGAGACAGACUUUUUUUUAUUUAUUUUUUUGCCAAAAGUAGGGGUUGCGUCAGAAAGGGCAUCCGGCGUAAAAACUGCGCCAAACAAAUAUGAGCGUUCAUCUGAGACGACACGCUGUAGCGACCCCUAACGGGACAAGUCGAAAGAAAGUAGGUAGAUACAAAAUUAUGAAUACAAUUAUGACUGCAGAGCUCACGGAAAAAAAGUUAAGUAUUGCAUCCAACUUGUGGCAUCUAUAGGCAUUUUUCAGCCAAUUACUCAUGAAUAGCGGGGGAAAUUAAACGUUCCACUUUAAGUUAAUUUCCACCAGAAAACUUCUUAUAUGAUGACAUCACGUCGCCGCCACGCAAAUAUCUGCGAAGAUGAUUUGAAAUAUCAAGCUCGCAUCUCAACAUUUCCAAUUAUCUAUUGUUGCCUUUAAUUUGAGUGGCGCAUGGCCUCUCUGACAGCUCCGUUAAUGGCCCGCGGCGACGGAUGUAAAUCAUCUCGCGAGCUCCGCGUCGGCACAAUCAGCUGGGAACGCUCCACUUUGGAGCGGCGGAGAAAUGGGAGGGGCGCUCGCCUAUUCACACGCGCGCUUCAUAGUGGAUGCUGCCGUCUCUUGAGCAGCUGGAUUUGGAGUGCUUGUGGCUCAUGCGCGUCAGUCAGCACUGAUUCAGUGCUACGAGAGAGCUAAAGAGGGCAGCGACUCGGGAUGGCGGUGGACAAAGUGGACAGCCUUUAGGGGGGUGCUUCGGGCAGUGUCCCCACGCCCGGAAAAAAAAAAUGGGGAACAGCGUUCAGAAGCGGAAAAAGGUGGAGACCGAGAAAAAGCCUCCAGCGCUGUAUGACAAACCCAAGGGCUUCUGGCUGAUUGGACGUGCAGAAAAACUAAAGACAGCUGGCACCAAGGCCAACGAUGAGCAGAAAAAGCUGGCAGUGCACUACUCAGCCACAGAACACAUCCAGGAGAAUGUUUUCGUCGAGGCCAAUCGGCCUCAGUACCUGGAGGACCUGCACUCAGAGGCUCAGGAGGGCCUGAAAAUACUCCAGCAGGAAGGUGAGCAAGAGCACGAGAGUGGAAAGAACUUCACUGAAGAAGAAAGCUUUACUUCGUCAGACACAGAACAUCCAGAAGACGAUCUAAACUCCAAAGAUGAGGGGGGCUCUCUGGAGACAAAAUCCAACUCAGGGAUUACUGAUUCCACAAGAAAUUCUUCUGCGUCAACCAGACCGGUGCUCACUCGCCAAGGUUCUACAUUCAAGCCACUUUAUCCAGUGAAAAGGUUUGAAAAGAACAAGAAGAGAAACAGAAGGACUACCAUCAUGGGUAUUCCAAACCAGGUCCAGAAAGAACUUGCAUUGCACAGAGGUUCUACCUUCCAGCAGGUUGUUUCUACUCAGUUACACAAUCACGACAGCCAACCGGGUGUUUUCAUCAUUCCAAGUGUUGAUCGAGGGACUCCAGUGAUGACCAAGGAAGGAGCAAAGGUGCACCUGUCAGACCUGGAACAGGUAUCUGAUAAUCAAGAGCAGAUCAGAUCACAUCUUGAGGAAGAGCACAAGACAGAUGAACACUUCAAACACCAGGGGUUUGGAAUCCAUCACUAUCGGUCAUCUGUCAUCAGACCAAAGUCUGUGGCAGUACCUGGAAUGACUACCUUUACUUCCUUCAAUCCUUUGAGUAGCUUCCUCUUGGAAGCCCAGGGUCCCGUCAUGUCUGUAUCCCCUCAGGCUACUUAUUUAUCUACAAUCAUCCCAAAUGCGGUGCUGCCAGCCUCGAUUGAAGUGAUUGAGAUUGACCGCGGCAGUCAAAGAGGAAACGGUGUCAACUAUUGUGGCAGUGUUCACACAGUUAGCAAAAGCAGCCUGGCUUCUGUGGGCUCAUCAGCUAGCCCUUUUCUCUCCAGAAAAUCUGGCGGGGAUGGUACCCACACAGACAAUUCCUGUAACAACUCAACAACGGAUGGCACCACACAAAAAGUGGAUCUCAAUCUUCAGGAAGGUUGUGUGGAUGCUCCAGGGGACCAAGAGCUCACCAGCCCAGCAAACUGCAUGACUAAUAUUGAAAAUAUAGAAACGAGCAAAGAUUCGGAGCCUGUCGUGCUAUGUGCCAGUGGCGAUGAUGCAAAGAUCAAACGUAAUUCCACUCGAAGUCUCUCAAUUAUCAAGAACAAGCUACCCCCAGCACCUCCACGAAGAUCAAACUCUCUUCAUAUCAACAAGUUCCAGACUACUUUUAAAGCUCAAGCGGAUAGCAAAGAUGCAAAUGUUUCUGUUUCUCAAGCACUAUCAAGUGCUAUAGCAGCAAAGGAGGAAUUACGAUUAGUCAUUGCGGAAACAAGCAUUCUCCUGACUCCUGUAUCAAACCCUGCAGAAGACAACUGCCAUACUUCAAGUGUGACCCAGGCUUCAGCUGGUGAAGCAAGAAAGGUAGGAGGGUCGGUCGCAGAACUCAAUCCCACUUUCCAACAGAAAACUCCCACAGAAGGUGAGAAAUUUGAACGGACCAUAUCGCCUUCCAGCGGCUACUCCAGUCAAAGUUGCACCCCAACACUUUCCCCAAAGGAGAUCGCCUCAAAACCUACAGACAAACACAAGAUGACACCAGUUAAGCCUGAGAGAUCCGUUUCUCGGGCGUCAUCCUCAGCCUCUCCCUCCUCGUCGCUUACCUCCCUGUCAUCUGGUACAUCCGAGCCUGUUAAUUCCGAUGUUUCCAAUUCUUGUACUCCUACAUUUCCCCCAGCUUCUACAAAAGAACUCACUUCACAUUUGAGAAUGGAAGCCAAAGAGCUGUGGAAUCUCCCACCCCCUCCCAAGGUCAAAGCACCAUGUCCUCCUCCUCCUGAAACAUGGGCUCAGAACAGUCACACUUUUGCGCUCCUGUGUGGUCUGAGCCCCCAAGUCACCAAAGUAUUAACGGACUCAACAAAGACAAAGGAGAGCACAAUUAAACAUGAAGGAAGCCAAACAGAAACCAGUGAGUUUUGUUUUGAAAAACAAAUAAAAGACAAUCCAGUAAUCUCACAAAUUAAUUCAAAGUCUGAGAGAUUGUUAUGCUCCAUUCCUGUGGAUGCCCAACGUGAUGCAAAAAGUACAGAAUGUCCAGAUGCAGAAGAAGGAGCAUCUUUGGCUAAAGCCAUGAUUGAAACACCAGAAGAACAAGAGAGCUGUACCCUAACAAUCAAUGACUCUGCAGGUUGCGAUAUUUCCACAAAAAAAGAACCACCCCCUGUUAUGAAAAAACCACUAUGGAGAGAAGACAAGGUGUUCAAAGACGCGGUGUUGACAGAGGGACAACAAACUAAAAGUUGCAACAUUACCACGACUACAACCUCUGUCGAUGAGACCGAGGACAAGGUGGACACAAUUGAAGUUGCGUCAAUACCAGCAAAUUUUGUAGAGAACCAAAAUACUGAUAAAAGUUCACCACCACCUUCUCCUCCACCUGCUUACCAGCCUACGCCUCCUCUCUCAAGAAAGUCACCCGUCACCUCCUUAUCAACAUCACCGGUUGAGUUUGAACGAGAACAGGGAGAGAGCCGUGUUGUAGAAUCAUCUUGGCCACCUCCUCCGCCUCCUUUAGAGGGAGAUUCUGUUUUCGAAGGCGGAGAUGAGUUAGACUUCCCUCUUCCGCCUCCACCUGACAUGCCAGACAAUGUGCCACAGAGUUGUGCCACAGAGAUGGCUGCUUCAGACACACCAGUUCCACCUUUAGAGGAAUUUGUAAAAGGAAUUAAGGACUCAAGUGAAUCAGAGACAACUUCACUACCAGAUCCAGUUUUGCAUCAAACUGUAGUCUGUGACAACACAGACGCAGAUGCUUCCAAUGGACCAUUGCAAACCUUUUCACCUGCUUUACAAAAUCCAUCAUCUCAUUCCAUCACCCCAGCGGAAAUCCAACCGAUAGUAUGUUCAAAAACUUCAAGCAGUUUUCUAAAGCGAUACUCUCUUGAGAUUGAAAGUCACUCUGCUUCUGAACCUCCCAUUACUUCGCAACUCCCCACUCUGGUUACACCCUCUUUACCAAUGGAGAACCUUACCACGGGAGUUUCCUUUAGAAGACCACCCAGCACUGCACACAGAGAAAACAGGGGCAAGGAGCUUAUAGCUCGCCACAAAAGUGCACCAAUUCCCAAAGAGGAUGCCAACAUACCUCUAGUCACCCCGUCUUUACUUCAGAUGGUCCGCCUACGUACAGUUAAUACGAGUGAGGAUGGUGCAGAAGCACUGUCUGAGGACAAGACAACAAAUAAGGGCGCUCUGGUGCAAGAGGUUUGUCGAGCCCAAAGCGAAGGCCAGCAAAACACUCCACAAAAGCCCACCCGCAAAUCACUAAAAUCUCCCCCUCAGUUGGUGAAAACAUACGGGACGCCAAGCACCCCUUCCAUGCGAUUGCAAGAGGCGAUUCGGAUCAAAACUGCAGCUAUGUCCUCAAGAGAAGGGUUUCCAUGCCGGUUGGGGAUGAGACCGUCAUACCACUGUUCCAGCGAACCAGGGAUGUCGUCGCUCAAAUCAUCUGAAGCACUCGACACACAGAGGAUCCCAGCUUCGACUGCAAGCUUCAUCUUCUCCAGGAGCUCCAAACGGGCUGUUAUUGACACCGGUGCUGCCUCUUCGGAUGAAGAGCAAGCUGGUGUGAAGCAAAGUUUAGCGCCUGAGAUUGUGCGUUUUUCUGAACAAAUGAAUACUGCUCCUUUUCCAAGCGGCGGGGUGAAAUCUGACCGGGUCCCACCACCAGUAGCCAGGAAGCCUUCACAAGCCAGCAUCAGUUUUCCACAAGAUCGGACUGUUUGUGCAGCUAGGACGGAGCCAGGUCUCACUGCCGCAGAUGCAAUCGGACCACAACAAUAUUCCAAGGGAAUAGCACUACCCGAGACAACUACAAGAGUGACCGCAGACACGAUUGAAACACUGUUUUGAAAGCACUUUGUGAUAAUUGACCAACAGGAGCCACGGGAACGCCUACAACAAGCUAACGACUGGAUGAAAAAAGACAAGUAACUCACGUAUACGUGUUGCAUUGAUUUAAAGAAAAAAAAAAAGCCUUAGCCUGAAAUGGCCUUCCAAAUGUAUUUAUGCAAAUUAAUAGCUCCCACUUUCUUAUGACAGCUUUAUUCUGGAGUAUUUUUCUAAGUUUCUAUCUGAAUGAAGCCCCCCUCAGGAGAAACUUGUGUACAUACGGGCUGAACUGUAAAUAUUGUGAGUGCGCCCUCCAGAGGCUGACUUCGGGAGCACUCACCUCACAGUGUUUAUGUACAGAUUUUGAUUUAGGCCUUGUAAAAUACAAUUUAAUAGCAAUGAUGUGGUUGUCACUAAGGUCUGAUGAAGGCUCCAUUAACACUAAUACACAUUGUUGCUGGGAGAUUAGUAUAGAAAAAAACAUAUUCAGUUGAGACAAAGGGAAAGAGUAUGAAUAUGAUAGUGUUAUUUAGAACAGAAGCACUUUUGUAUAGCUACAUACAGAUAGUCGACUAUUAAAAUGCUUUUAUCGGAUCAUCAUUUGUCUCUUGGCUGUAAUAAAAGACAAUUUGAGAUACAUUUAUGAAAAUUAAAGGGUAUUUGCUAAUUAUUA